AUGGAGAAGAGAAAGACCCUGCCUUACAAUUCCUAUCAGCUUCGAGAGCUAUGGACACCCAAAUUGAUAGUUUGGGCCAAUGCAGAUGACAAUAGACUUCUGAAGUCUCCAUUUGGAAGUUUUCCUUGGAAAGAUGACCCAUUCCGGUUCCUUCCUUGCACAAAUUCAACCGUCCCACCACCGCUCGACGAUCCCAACCCGCAGAAAACAUGGGGAACCCUAUUCGACCGGGACCCAGACCACUGGAGCUGGGGCCAGCGUGUACCUGAUGCUCUAGUCAAUUCCGAUCCCCACGCCAACCGUGGGAUAUACCUGUGUGGAUACCUGGACUUACCUCUUGACUAUCUAAAUCGCUCUGACAGUCGGAUUGUUCGCCUUGCCGUUACCAAAUACCAAGUGUCUGGCCUAGCGCGCCUCGAUAGCCGGGAUAAAAUACUCAAAGCCAACCGAAAGAGUGAGCGCACCAUCAUCAUUGAGCCGGGCGGUCCUGGAGGUAGCGGAACCUUGUCCCUCUGGGAAACUGCGGAGCAAGUAUCGGACCGAUUUAGUGGCGGGAAAUAUGACGUCCUUGGAUGGGAUCCGAGAGGUGUCAAUAUUUCACUGCCAUCGGCGUCAUGCUUCCCCCAUGACGCGCUUCGAGACCGUUGGUUUUCCCUCGCAAGACAAUAUCGCGAGGUGUCCAACGCCAUCGAGCAAUUGGAGCUCGCCGAUGCACUGAACAAUGCUACAUUCUAUGCAUGUCAAACACGGCUCGGCGAUUUUGGUCGUUUCAUCGGCACUGCAUCUGUUGCAAGAGACCUCGAGGAGAUUCGCAAGGCCCAUGGGGAGGACGAAGUGUCUGGUUAUUUCCUCAGUUACGGAACAGGAAUCGCCCAGACUUAUGCCAAUAUGUUUCCGGACAAAGUCGGUCGUAUGAUUCUGGAUGGGACUGAGUAUGUAAAAGACCAUCGGUUACUUGGGGGAUUUGGGUGGACUUCUCUUGAUAAUACCACUGAUAUUUGGCGUGAUGGAUUUCUGGGCGAGUGCGUCAAUGCAGGACCUGAAUGGUGCGCUCUUGCAAAGCCAAACGCUAUUGAUGGCGGACCGGUCACUCUCGCGGAGCUGGAAGCACGCAUGACAAAACUCAUUGGGUCACUUGCUAUCCGGCCAAUAUCUGCAUUCACAGAAGAAAGCGGACCGUCCCUCGUCACAUACUCUGCUUUUGUGGAAGUUCUUUACUCGAUUAUGUACAAUCCGAGAAUCUGGCCAGAUGCAGCUCAGAUGCUUUAUGAGCUUGAACAAGGAAACGCAACUCUUGCAGCUAAAUUGCUGGACACCCAGUGGGAGUACAGGCCCACAAUUCGAAAGCCUACACAUGGUCUCAAUCUCAAUGAGCUCCCAAGUUUAGUCAUCUGCGCUGAUUCUUAUGAUGCGCCUUCCCCGGCAGAUGGUCUUCGGUGGUGGGACCGGCUGUGGGGUGAAAUGACAACUGAGAGUUGGAUUGCAGGGAACUCGCGCUUUGCUUCGGUUCUACCCUGUCGAUAUUACGAGAAGUACUGGGGCAGCGCUGCGGAAGUGUAUCGCGGCGAUCUAAACAAAACAAUGAAGACGCCUGUUUUACUCAUUGCCGAGACAUACGAUCCCGCAACGCCCUUAGGGAAUGGAAGGAGACUGCUCCGGGAUAUGGGCCAAAAUGCACGACUGAUAGUCCAUCAUGGUUACGGACAUACAUCGAGGUGGGAUAAAUCGGAAUGCACAGAUAGAAUUGGUAAAGCAUACAUCUUGGAUGGAACUCUUCCAGAUGAGGCGGAAACAAAUUGCUAUGCCGACGGGAAACCCUACAUUUCUAUACAGAAAUAA